GUUUCAAGAACUGACCUACAGCUACAUGACAUACUGCGGAGACAGAGAUUUUUACGAGCCCAGAUGAAUGGCCGUAUAACCCGGCACCUUCUUGAGUUCAAAAAAAGCACGCUUUUUGCUUUGAUUUGUUUUGUUUUACCUUGAAAUUGCUCUUAGUCAAAGGCAAAAAACUGGGCCAUAAGCGAAGCAAAACAGGACAGAAGCACGGGAUUGACAAGUAAAGGACGACGGACCGUCAUGCGAGAGGAACAGUCUUGUGGCGACUUUCCCGAGGGUGGGGUCCUACCCAGCGAAGAGGAGCAAGACCGUCGCCCCAACAAGUGCCCUGUCGUCGUUGCACCACCGACGGGUCCUCGGAAGCGGCUGACAGGUCCCAAGAAAGAGCCUGGUGGACUCCUACCACAGGACGACAAAACUUCACUGGAAGGCCCGUCUACGCUGGCUCCCUCUGGCCCCAAGCGGCCCAAGAGGAGUUCACCCUCCUCCUCAUCAAACUCUUCAGCCUCCCUAGUGCCCGCCGUAAGUGCAGUGUCACCUGUGCCCGGGCAACCAUUUGAGGACCUCCACACGCAACGAGUGAUCGCAAACGUCCGGGAACGGCAGCGCACGCAGUCCCUAAACGAUGCUUUCGCCUCGCUGCGGAAGAUCAUCCCCACGCUGCCUUCGGACAAACUGAGCAAGAUUCAGAUCCUCAAACUGGCUUCGAGAUACAUCGACUUUCUCUACCAGGUUCUCCAGAGUGAUGAGAUGGACGCCAAGCUGGCCAGCUGUAACUACCUGGCCCACGAGAGGCUGAGCUACGCCUUCUCCGUUUGGAGGAUGGAGGGAGCUUGGUCCAUGUCUGCCACUCACUAGACGUUCAUCUGUUCCUAAUUCUGCCCACCGACCCUACAGCCCUACAAAACUCCAGUUCCAACCAGCCUCUGAACUCUGAACCUGCAUUCUGCCCUAGAGAAAGUGACUCUGAUUAUUAAAUCUAUUGCUGUCUAUCCACUUAGCUAUGGCUUCAACUUCACAAUCAACAGCCAUUUGACUCCUGCUGCCAUGACCUGACCCUGCCUAAAGCUGAACUCUGACCUUCCAACACAGAUCUUUUCACUUUUUCUCAGAGCAACCCUCUACAGCAGUAUCCCACUAUCCCAGAGGACAUCAUCCUUCAACAUCAAGCCAACCAUCUUUCCCUUCUCCUAAUGGAGCUAUACAACAAAAUGCAAAAAAAUGACCCUCGACCCUCAAGAGGAAUGGACACCAGGGGUUCCACAUGACUCUGAAUCAAACUCUGGAAAUGACUCUGAUUCAGUGGCAGAGUGCUGAUUUGAGAUCAGCGUUCAUUGACUUUGACUUUGUAUGGACACACAGAGGCAGACAUUGACUGUCAUAAGGACUCUACAUGUAUAGCUAACCCUACCCUGACGGAAAAAUGCUACGUAGACUCACUAUAUUCUCUGAUAUACAGAUCCCAUCAUUUCAGAGUUGUUGCCCUUGUCAUUUAUGCUGUAUAUUAGCCAACAUUAUUGCUUUUGUGACAGUGUAACAAUGGUAUAUACCACAUUUGUCUAAAUGUAUAAAGGUUGUUAUGCAUUUAAAAAAAAAUAAAGCUGUAAGAUUAAUUCUACAAUAUGACGACUUGGUGAAUAGCAAAUGCAUAAAAGUAAGUUAGAGUUAUCUGACAGUUACUUUAUAAUAAGUAUGUUACUGCCUUUCAGCACAAUAAAAACUGUCAAAAACUA